CUCACUCACUGCCCACUGCAUCCGUGUAGAGAGAGAGAGAGAGAGGGAGAAGAGUCAAGAGAGGGAGGGAAGAGCCGUUUGAGAGAGUGAGAAGAAGAGAGUAUAUAGUGUAGCCAUGGUGACGGACCAGGAGAUAGCGCAGGCCGUGGAGACAGUUCUCCGUCAGUCAGACCCCAACGCCGUGACUUCUCUAAACGGCGUCGUGCAACGCCUGGAGGCCAAGCUAGGGUUGAGCCUCGCUCACAAAGCCGAGUUCAUAAGAGAUCAGAUCACAUUCCUCCUCCGCUCCAACCCCGUUCCCAAAGACCAGCUGCCCCCUCAACCCCACUACCUCAUUCCUCAGCCAUUUCACCAACCUCCUCAUUUCGCACUCCACCAGCAAGCUGACCCUGCCUACACUCAGCCACCGCAGCCUUCGCGCCCUCCGAAAGAAGAGAAUGCGGCGGCUGAUACGCCGAAAGGAAGAGCCCCUUCAGGAACCAAAAGAAGGGGUGGUCCGGGAGGCCUAAACAAAUUGUGUGGUGUUUCACCUAAACUACAAGCGAUUGUUGGGCAGCCAGAAUUGCCAAGGACGGAGAUAGUAAAGCAGCUGUGGGUGUAUAUUAGGAAACAUAAUCUUCAGGAUCCAGAGAACAAGAGAAAGAUUAUAUGUGAUGAUGCUUUGCGAUUGGUUUUUGAGACAGACUGCACUGACAUGUUCAAGAUGAAUAAGCUGUUGGCAAAACACAUUUUGAGACUUGAACCAAUGAAAGAACCUGUUCAAGCCAAGAAAUCAAAAGUUGAAGAUGAUUCUACAAAGCAAAAGUCCGAUCCCAGUCUUCUUCCUGUGGUGAUAUCUGGUGAACUAGCUAAAUUUUUUGGAACUGGAGAAAAAGUGAUGCUUCAGUCGGAGGCUUUGGGUCGUGUCUGGGAGUACAUAAAAUCUAACAAACUUGAGGAUCCACUGAGUUCUAUGGUUAUUCACUGUGAUGCGAAGCUUCAGGAGCUUUUGGGGUGUGAAAGCAUUUCUGCUUUGGGAAUUCAGGAGAUGCUUUUGCGCCAUCAUUUACUUAAGCAGUGUUAAUGUUUCUUUUGUGUGAAUGGUCUGUUGAUGCUGUAGUUUGCUAGUUGUUUAUGAUGACAUGACUGAUGCUGCCAAACGGAGAUGUAAUCCUAGUUUCUUUUGAUUUGUCUAAUGUUUAGAUGUAUGGAAUCACUCACAGGUAGCGACUAUAGUUGUAGUGCGACUUGGUUCCUGAAUGUAGGCUAUAAUGUUUUGUAAUUAUGCUGCUGUAGCUUGUUUAGGAUGGUGUUAAUCUAUUUGCCUUCUUUCCCACUUGA